AGAGGUAUUUUUGAUUUUGUGAAUUAAUAAUGGCCCAAAAUGCUUCCAGUUCAUUGAAAAAAUCAUGUUGUCUUUGUUGAUUUCUUAAUGGUGCCGCUAUUAUAAGAAACGACCGAAACCACCAACCAUUGUAAUAAAGAUAGAGAAAGACAACUUCCUUAAGAUCAACCUAUCUAUUUUUGUAUUUGCUUCGUUUAGAAAGCUCAUUUCAGUCACAAUGGGUACAAAUACAGGGCAAGUAAUGACUUUAUGUAACAGCAUAAUUGGUGUUAGUAUUCUUGCAAUGCCAUUCUGUUUCAAGCAGUGCGGCAUCAUUCUUUCCAUUUUACUACUGUGUUUAAGUAGUAUACUUUCCCGUUUUGCCUGUCAUUUUUUGUUAAAGUCUGCUGUUAUAACCAGAAGAAAAAAUUACGAAUUUCUAGCUUUUCAUGUGUUUGGCUCAUCUGGCAAGCUAGGAGUUGAACUUGCUAUCAUAGGUUUUCUUUUAGGGACAUGUAUAGCCUUUUUUGUUGUCAUGGGCGAUUUGGGUCCUGACAUUGUCUCCUCUGUUAUGGGACUUCAUAGAACUGAUACUUUAAGGACUAGCAUUUUAGUUGGUGUCGCAUUUUUUGUUGUACUCCCUCUCGGUCUCCUUCGGAAUGUUGAUAGUUUAAGUUCCAUCUGCACUGCUACCUUUGCAUUCUAUCUGUGCUUGGUACUAAAAGUUAUGGGAGAAGCUGCUGGACCCUUGGUUAUGGGCACGUGGCUUAAUGAUGUCAAUUUUUGGAGACCAGAAGGAAUUUUGCAGUGCUCACCAAUUUUCUCUAUGGCUCUGUUUUGCCAAACACAAUUAUUUGAAAUUUUUAACACAGUACCCAAUGUUGCCCUUGAUAAGUUAAACUCUGUUGUUCGUGUUGCAAUCAAUCUGUGCACUGCUGUUUACAUAUCCGUUGGCUUCUUUGGCUAUGUGGCGUUUAGCAAAGAGAAUAUUACAGGCAAUAUUUUAGUCAGCCUAUCUGAGAACAUAAGCAGUGAAGUUAUAAAAUUAGGAUUUCUACUUUCUAUAGCAGUCAGCUUUCCUUUAGUUAUCUUUCCAUGUAGAGCAAGUUUGUACUCUCUUCUCUAUAGGAGUGCCCAACCUCCUUUACAUGAUAUUGGCACCUCUCAUGUACCAGAAGGCAGAUUUAAACUUCUCACUUUCUGUAUAGUAGGGAUCUCACUGUUACUAGGGCUUAUGCUCCCAAAUAUAGAAAGAGUUCUUGGAAUCAUUGGUUCAACGAUUGGAGUCACAAUUUGCAUCAUAACUCCAUCUCUUCUUCUUGGGAACACUGCACGUCACUCUAAAGAUAGACUUCUUAGUCAGAUAAUUUUGUGGUCUGGAGCUAUAAUUAUGAUUUUGGGAACUUAUGCUCACAUUCUGAAUGGACAAACAAAUGGGACAGAUCCUGGACUAGAACAAGCUGCCAAUCGCAUUUUAGAUCAUGCUGUUGAUCGUCUAAAUGAGCAGUCUCCAGAAAGCAUUGCAUUUCACCCGCUUCCCAGUGAAGAGAAAAUCAAAAAACUAAUAGAGACUUCUGACAGAAUAGUGAGGCAUAAACAUCCUAAAAGCCUUGAUGACUUCGGCAAAAUUGCAAUGAACAUUGAAAAGUCAUCUCUUACUAAGACUGGUGAAGUUAAUUCAGCCUCAUCGAAAUUAGUGGAAAAUUCCAACUCAAUGGACAAAGUUGGUGCAAAACUUGUUCAAGCUAGUGAUAAACUUCAAGAACCGCCUGUCCCAGCAGACACUGGUGAAAAACAACAAGAGCCGCCAGAGCCCGUUGAGGCAGUAGCUAAGCCAGUUAGUGCCUUGCCCAUAGUACCCAUUAUACCUGCCCCUGUACCAAGUAGUGAAAGUGUUAUAAAUGUACCUAAACAAACUAAAACAGAAAUGAAAACGAAUGACCAAUUGAAUUCUCAGAAAAGCAAAUCAGCCUCAGCUGGUAAUGCUGAGCAAGUAAAUCUAGAUGCGAUUCGCCAUGAAGAUGCAGAGUCAGCGCUUGAGGCCAGGGACGAAAAAAGCAAGACUGUUUCGGAUAAAGUUGAUAAGAAGUUGAAUGAAGUUGAGGAACGUAAGAAAAAAGCAGAGGAGCAAAAACUUAUCAAAACUCUUCAAGAACACCAAGAAGUUCAAAGGGAUAUGCUGAAUGAGCAGCAGAGAAUCCUGAAAGAGCUCAAAAAGCAUGAGCAGGUUCACCAGCAAAAUUUGAAUGAAAUUGUUAAGGAUUCUUUUGACAAAGAACAAGUGUUGGCAAAAUUAAAUCCCAUAAAGAGUGAGAGUGGUCAGGCCGGCCAGGCUAAAUCAAUGGUAGAGGAACAGGGCAAUUCUAAAGUUUCGAUAAUACAAAAAACUGAAGACAAGAAUGUGGCCUCUCUAAAACAGUCUAAAACUGAAGAAAAUAAAGAGGCUCCUCAGGUACCUGGAAAUCCUUUAGAAGGUUUGAAGAAUUCACCAACCUUUGACAAGUUUAAAAUUAGGAAAAGCGAAGAAGCACUACAGGUACCUGGGAAUCCUGUAAAAGAUAAUCUACCCUUGCCCAAGAAAUCAAUUUUGGGGAGAGCAGGUUCUAUUCCAGUUGUGCCUUUGCCUCUUGCUUACAGUGCAAAGGUAUCCUCACCAGUUCCAUCAUUGAACAUAGCAUCUAAGCAGAUUGAUUCUAAGGCUGCUGCACGGGACAUAUUGGAAUCUGAACCACACCACUUAGAUCGAGAAAAGAGAGACUUAGAUGCUGAAAAAUCAGAGCAAGGUAAUAGCAAUGGGCUAGGGUUUCUAGGGCAAGCCAAAGACUUGGGAAACUUAGAUCAAUCAAAGGUUUCUACAGAGGAAGUGUUAAAGGAAUGUAAACCGAAGGAAAAAGACACGAAUUCACAUGACCAUAAGAGUGAGGAUUCUAAAAGUGAUUCAUCAAUACCUGAUCAAAAUGUUAUUUCUCAAUCAUUUACUGGAGAAAACAAUCCAAUUUCAAUAGGUGUUAGGGAUGCUGUGAAGGUGCCAGUACUUGAUCGUUAUAUAGACAAGAAAAAGGAAGAUCUCAAAGAGAGUAGAAAAAGUCAGCUUGUACCAAUUAUGGAGUUAAAAACUCCAUCAUCCAUAUCUGAGCCACAUGUAAGAAUUGAUACUAAUCUACAUGGAUCUCAAAAGUUUCCUGAUAGUGGGUUGUCUUUGUCUUCUUCAAAUGACUUGAAACUGGUUCAGAACAAAGAGAAUAAAUGAUAAAAUUAAACCUCAGUCAACAACAAAUAAUAAUAGAUAAUAACUUACAGAAUUUUGGCUGAGCCCCUCAUAAGUGUCAUUUUAGUUUCAUAAGCCAGAGUAUUGAAUCUGUGAAUAUAGAUUAUAGACUUAGACAACUUUUUAAUUGUUAUUAAUUUUUUAUUGAAUAUUUAAAAUCUCAGUACAUUAAUCCUGUGUAGUGACACUCUUAUUAAACUCUUUGUGAGAUGACUGACUGUUAACUAGUGUUUACUUCCUUAAGGCAUCUAGCAUUUGUGGAUAAAUAUCAACCUAAUUUAUUUAUUUAUAUUUUGUUGUCACUUUAAAAUUACGCAAUGUUAUUAAGUAGAGAGGAGCUAAAUAUUUGAAGUAUAGAUAACUCAAAAAGACGUAGUUUAGUUUGACCAAAGAAAUCAAGUAGAACCUUUGGGUUAAGAUUUGAGCAUUUAUGUAGCAAGUGUGUAGUAAUAUAUACACUGUCAAUUCUUCUUAGUAUGACCAUUGUUAUACGAGACUUUUCUGUUACCAUACAAACAACAUUGGGCCUGAGAGGAAUUACUCUAUAAAUACAGCAUUUGUUAUAUCUGGGAUUGUAUGAAUGAGGUGUGACUUUAUAUCAUUGCAUUGGUGUUGUUUAAAAACUUGCCUAUUUUGGAAUUGGUGGUAUCAUUUUGAAACAAUAUUUAAAAUGACUUGGGAAGAGGAAUUGAUUGAAUUUUGUUUGGUCUAGGGUGUGGCAAGAAUAACGUUGUGCUGUGAUUGAAAUGACUGAUGAAGAUUCAUUUUUGUUUUCUUCAUGAUCUCUAUUUCCCAAUAAUUGAUUGACAUUUUACACAUUUGUUUGUUUUGUAAAAACUUGUGUGAUUAUCUUACAAACAGCUCUUUUAUUUUAUCAUGGUGAUUACGAGUUACUGAAGCCUUUAGUGAGAAAACCUGUCAGCUAGUAUCACAUACUUGCAAGCUAGUGUUGUUAAAAUUUGAGUUGAUAAAACUGUCCUACUUUUCCAAGUGGGUGAAACUCAUCUAUGACCAUCAUGCAAAUCAUCAAUGGUGAAAUAAAAUGGUUAUAUUAACAGUAA